AGCAAUCCAUUACCGAUCAGAUCGCUGGGCAUCGCUGUCUCUUGGGCUGGGAGGGGCUCCAGAGACAGCAGCAGCAGCAGCAGCAGCAGCAGCAACGGAGUGAGAGUUUGAAGCAGAGCAGACAGCUCAUCUGAUUGAGAGGCAGGGAGACAGCCUACUGUAGCUCAGGGAGUGACAGCCAGUGAGGGUCAGAGUGACAGUCACUGGGAGGUAGGCAGCCUGCCACCGUCAUGAAUCGCUUCAAGACUUCCAAGUUCAAGAACUGCAUCCCCAAAAUCCCCAAAAAGGAGGGUUGGAUUGGGGACAUUGGAGGCGCAUCCACUGCAGCCACUGGAAACAACAUACAGUGCGGACAUAGUUGGAUUGUGUAUAACACAGACAGCUCAGGGGUGCUGGGGAUCACCUCCGUCCAGGUGGAGGAAGGAGAGAAGAGGACGUCCUCUCGGCUGCACUGUCACUCAGAUGUUGUGACAGACUUCGCCUUUUCUCCGUUUGACGACCGUGUCCUCGCCACUGGAUCUGCUGACCAAACAGUAAAGCUGUGGCACGUGUCAGAGGCGGGGGAAGUGAGUGAUCCUACAGGGAUCCUGACUGUGAAAGGAGGUUCUGUGAAAGCCUUGCAGUUCCACCCCUCAGCUGAUGGCCUAUUGGUGUCUGCAGCCAACAAAUCUGCUCAAAUCUGGGAUCUCUCCAGGAAAACUGCCCUUGCAGCACUGGAUGAUCAUGGGGACCAGGUGCAGAGCAUUUGCUGGAGUCAGGAUGGUGUCCUGUUAGGGACAUCCUCGAAGGACAAGAGGCUGAGGGUUUUCGAUAUCCGGAAGAGCACCGGAGCCAGCCAGGAUGCGCAGGGACAUGAUAAUAAUAAGGACUCUCGGGUGGUCUGGACAAAUUCCAACAACCAUCUCCUAACAUCUGGCUUCAACCAGGUCAGGGAGCGAGAGAUACUGCUCUGGGAUCUUCGCAGUUUCAGCCGCCCGGUAACCUACUUCUCCCUGGAUGCAUCCUCAGGACUUCUCAUCCCACUAUAUGACGCUGACACCGGCCUACUCAUUCUCGCUGCUCAGGGUGAAGGUACAAUGUAUUGUAUGGAGGUCACCACGGAGCCCCCGUCUCUUAUGCAGCUCUCGCAGUGUGUGACAGAACAGCAGACCCGUGGCCUGGCCUUGGUCCCCAAGCUUUCCCUUGAUGUCCUGAGCUGUGAGCUCCUGCGCCUCCUCCAGCUGACUGACAGGUUCAUCAUUCCUAUCAGUUAUACCGUCCCACGCAAGGCCGCCCAGGACCUCCAAACUGACCUGUUCCCAGAUACGGCCAGCUGCAGUGCGGCGCUCUCUGCCCAGAGCUGGUGGGCCGGAGACAACAAGCAGGUACAGAAGGUGUCCCUAGACCCAGCCCUGAGGUCACUUCCUUCCUGUCAGCUCAGCAAGGGGAAAGCGACCAGUCAUCCUGAGCAGAGUGCAGCGUCCCCGGAGCCAAGCGAUGGCAGUGCCCUUUCUUCUCCCACAAGCUCUGCAACGUCCCCCUCCAGCGGUAUUGUCUCCAGCACCAGUCAGCGCUCCUUGCAGGGCAUUCUGGGUCCCAGCUCACGGUUCCGUCACACUCAGGGGAUUGUCCUCCACCGUGACAGUCACAUUACUAACCUGCGGGGGGUGAGCCAGAGCACGCCGGGGGAGAGUGAUGGCUUCUGUGUAAAUCACCAGCGACUGGCGCUUCCAAUGGCUGCUCCUGGGGGUCAGGUGGCUGUGCUGGAGCUGCGGCAGGCCGGACGUCUCCCAGAUACACUGCCUACUGUCCAGAACACCGUGCCCGUCAUGGAUCUCACGUGGGACCCAUUCAACCCUCAUCGGUUGGCCAUUGGUGGAGAGGACGGGAGGAUACGAGUGUGGACAAUUCCACAGGAUGGGCUCAAAGAGACCCUGACUGAACCCCCACUUGUUCUUACGGCCCACAACGAGCGGAUAUACACAGUGCGCUUCCACCCCUGCGCCUCCGAUAUCCUCGUCUCCUCCUCCUAUGACCUUACCGUGCGAGUGUGGAACCUGAAGACUGGAAAAGAUGUCAUAACCCUGCAAGGUCACAAGGAUCAGAUCUUCUCCUUAGCAUGGAGUCCGGACGGCAAAUUCUUGGCAACGUGCAGCAAAGACCAGCGCAUUCGCAUAUACGAGCCACGGGUUUCCAGCCAGCCGAAGCAGGAGGGGGCUGGACCUGAAGGCGCCCGCGGAGCUCGCAUCCUCUGGGUGUGUGAUGGCAAGUAUCUGCUCGUGUCUGGAUUUGACAGUCGCAGCGAACGUCAGCUGACCCUGCACAGCACGGAGGACUUGUCCCGAGGUCCUGUCAGCACCCUCUCUAUUGACGUGUCGCCCGCCACACUCAUCCCACACUAUGACCCGGACACCGGGCUCCUACUGCUCACUGGGAAGGGUGACAGCAGAGUGUUCCUGUACGAGGUGAUAGCGGAACCCCCCUACUUCCUGGAGUGUAACUGCUUCGUCUCCAAUGAGCCGCACAAGGGCUUCCAGUACCUGCGGAAAUUGGAUUGCGCUGUGCGGGAGGUGGAGGUUCUCCGCGCCAUACGUCUCUCUUCUAGUUCGCUGGAGCCCGUGGCUUUCCGGGUGCCACGUGUGAAGAAAGAGUUCUUCCAAGAAGACGUGUUCCCAGCGUCACGCGUGACAUGGGAGCCAGCCUUGUCGUCAGAGGAGUGGCUCAGUGGUAAAGACAAGCAACAGCGCAGCAUCAGCCUCUGCCCUGAGGGCAUGAUUCCAGUCAGCCAAGCUCCGAAAGAGGCACCAACCAAAAAGGUCCCCUCUUCCGUGUACAUCCAGGAGAAGACGGACGAGCAGAAGAAAGAGGAGCUCCUGAAUGCCAUGGUGGCAAAACUGGGGAACCGGGAUGACCCUCUGCCCCAGGACGCUUUUGAAGGAGUGGAUGAGGACGAGUGGGAUUAGACGUGACCCUCCAUGCUCCCAGCUGCCUGCUCACCCCUCACCUCUCACCCGUGUAACUGGAAAUGGCUUAGCAGCCAGCCCUGCUUCCGAUACAUUCCAAUCCUAGGCAUAAAUAAACCCGGUCCAACUGUUUACACGUUCCCAGCAUUCCUGGCUGUCAGACGCUGGAUGACGCCACCGGAUCACGGAGCGGACGGCACACGGCGUCUGAUGAUGUCACUUCCUGUUUGCCUUGUGUGUGUGUGUGUGUAUAUGACAUUGGGUGCACUGGGAAUUUUGUUAGCACAAUCUUUAUCUAGUUUACAGACCUGUAUUUUUUCCAGUGCUCAACUGUGUGUGUUUAUUCAGUCAGGGACACAAUCUGCGUUUCUUCUCAGUGACCUAGUUUUGAAUAGGGGAAGAAAUAUAAUGAGAUCUCCUGGUCUAAUGUUUACCUGCCAUGUAGAAGCCAUAUAUGUUACUAACACAGGGACUAAUCGCAACAUUGCCAAAUCUGCCCGCUGAGCCGGGCCUGCCUUAUCUUCUAAUAAAACUGUCAAAACAUCA